AAACCGAAAUCCUUUUAAUUGAACAAUAAAAGGUGCAGAAAGAGGCUUAUCCAAAGUCUGAAAGCACACCGGAGAGAUGGCUCUCCUCUUCACAUCUGCCCUCUCCUCUCUUUCUUCACCUCCAUCCUCCACGCCCGGACUCGCUGCUCCCACCUUCUUCAGGUUGUGCAACAAGUCAAUUGCUUUGCAUCCGAAAUCCUUUGUUGGGGCCAGAAUUCAAGCACCUUUUCUUCUCAAUAAUAGAGGUGCAUUCAUUGUUAAGGCUUCUUCAGAUGUUGAUGGAACAGACUCCACUACUCCGGAGUCUCCUACUCCUCCCUCAGACAGCAAGGAGGAAAGUGUACCCAUUGAGAACCUGCCUUUGGAAUCCAAGCUUCAGCUAAAGCUCGAGCAGAAGUUGAGAAUGAAAAUGGCAAAGAAGAUCAGGCUAAGGAGAAAGAGGCUUGUAAGGAAGCGCCAUUUAAGGAAGAAGGGACGAUGGCCACCAUCCAAGUUGAAAAAGAACAAGAAUGUUUAGAUGUUCACUCUAGAUAUGUUGCAGGUCCACUGCUAACUUGUUUCUGUACUGUUUAUUGCAGUUCUUCUCUCGCGGCAUCAAGAUUUCAGUUUUGUCAAUUGUAAAUGCGACCUAACUGUAUCAGUUUCAAUUAUAUCUUUGGAAGUUGACUUUGGAUGGAAUAGGAAUGUGUUUAUCCACUUUAAUAUAUAAAUCUGUUCACUUCUUGUUAUCAAUGAAUUUUUCCC